AUGUCUCAGCCCUACUCCUAUCUCUACUUCUUCCUCCUAAUCAUCGCGACAAUCUCUUCAGCCAUCCCGGUUGUCCACAAUGGUAGCGACUUCAGUGGAGAGCAGCAGAUCACCGAUCAUCCCGAGAUUGCAACAUCGCUGGAACGUGCUUUUGAACAUCACCACGGAAUCAUCACAGCCGACGACAACGACAACACGAAGAACACAAUAACCCCCCGAGCAACAGCAGAUACAGACCUCCCAACCCCCUUCGACACAAGCCUGGGCACAAACUACACCAAGAAAUCCUGCCCCAAGUUCUUCACCAAGUUCCUCUCCGACUCCUCCUUCCAAUCCUGCCACGCCCUCUCCCUCCUCCUCCGCAACUCAAACUCCUUCUUCUACACCCUGCACUCUGCGACAGCAACAUCGCACCUCCUCGACAUUGCCUGCUCGGCCUCUGUCUCGCAAUGCACCAGCACACUCUCCUCCUUGGCAAAGGAGCUGAUCAAGGAUGAUAACUGCGGUCAGGAAUACAAACUUGGCAACCCGAAUGUCGUAGACGCUUAUGUCGACCUGAUAUCCUACGAACCGCUCUACCACGCCUCGUGUCUCAAGAAUCCCGCCACGGAUAACUACUGCUUCGUCGACGCUGCGACAAACUCGACAAAUUCUGCAGACUACGACGUGUAUUUUGUCCCGUUCGGAAAUGCCCUCGACGGACAUGAUGAGGCGAGCUGGGAUAAUAACACCCCCACGUGUAAUAAGUGUCUGUGGGAGACUAUGCGUGUGUACAAGGGGUUUGCAAGGGUUGAUGGGCAGCCGCUUGUGCAGUCGUAUUUGCCUUCGGCGAGGGUCGUGGAUAGGCAUUGUUGGAGUGGUUUUGCGGAUUUGAAUGUUACGGUUGGGGCCGCGAAGAAGGUUGAGACGUCGGGUGCUGCGUUGGCGUUGGAGGGUGGUACGGGUUUGGCCUGGUUGAUGGGAGCCAUGCUUGCUUUGGUACUUUGA